AUGGACAGGUUCCUGCUGUCCGAGCGGAACACCUACCUCGGAAACACGGGUGCCGAGCGAAUAGACAAGCUGCUGAAGCUGUUGCCGAUCGUGACGCUGGUGGUGACGCUGGUGACGUUCGUGGCGUUCGUGGUGGCGUACAAGAACCGGCAGGAGAGACCCGCCUACGUGGUUCAGACACACGAAUCGCAGAUCGAAGGCAGGGCCGUCAUGGUCGAAGGCGUCCAGGUCGUGGAGUUCCUGGGCAUACCGUUCGCCGAAAGCACGGCGGGCUCUAGUCGCUUCCGCAGACCAGUGGCGCGCUCGUUGCCCCGAAGGCUGAGCGCCCGCCGGUGGGGUCCCCCGUGCAUACAGCGGAAGCACGGCAGCUCCUCGGCCAAUUUCUCUUCGACUACGGCGACAUACGAAGAGACAGCAACGACCGCUAGUGGCCGGGAUCAAUCGACGUCCGAUGCCCAGCCCACUUCGUUGCCGUCUGUGGCCGCCGCCGUCGUCUCAGAAACGGCAGAAGAGGAUUUCCGUGGUACCAGUAGAGUCACACCGCCAGCAUCCGGUGUGUUGGACGCCCGCGAACAGCCUUCGGAGGACUGCCUGCAUCUCAACAUCUGGGUUCCCCACACGGAGUCUGGCAACUCCAGCACGACGUCAGACUCGGGCGAGGUGAAGCAGCGCGGCCCCAAGAGACCCGUGAUCGUCUUCUUCCAUGGCGGUGGCUUCCAGGAGGGGUCCAACAGCGAGCCCAGAUACGAUGGCAGGUACCUAUCGGCGCUUGGCGGCGUGGUAGUGGUGGUUCCCAAUUACCGUGUCGGUCCGCUCGCCUUCAUCGGCUCCGAUGACGGCAACGACGAAGACGAGCCUGGGAACCUGGCAUUGCUGGACCAGCGGAUGGCGCUGGAAUGGGUGCGCUCGUACAUCGACGACUUCGAUGGCGACCCCGGCUGCAUUGUGGUCGCCGGAGCCGGCUCCGGGGCCACGUCGCUGGCGCUGCACCUCCUGAGCCCCGAGGCGCAGGGGACGCUGAUGGACCUGCGCCGCUUCGUCUUGCACAGUGGCUCGGCCUUCGGCCCUUACGCCGAUCGCAGCGUGCCUAGACAGGUAGCCCACUCCCCCCACUUCUCGCAGACGCGAUCUGCCUUGCCCUGUGACGCGCAGUCUACGCAGAACCUGGUCCCCAUGGCACGCAGCGUGGGCUGCACCGGGAGCAGCGCGGCUGACAUCAUUCGCUGCCUGCGCACAGUGUCGGCCGACGCGCUCGCGAAGCUCGAGCCUGGACCUGGCGGGCCGUUCGAGCCCACGUUCGAGAGUCAGUACCUGCCGGACACACCGUCCGGCCUGCUUCUCAAGAUACCCCCUUUCCGGAAGCAGGCACGUGCCACAGCUGUGUAUGCCGCCGCAUGUGACUGCGCUUACCUUGAGAACCGCGAUGUGGUGUCUCUUUGCGUCUACAGCAGAGACCCUUUUUGCGGCUUCAGCUUCUAUCGUACCGACUUCCAGGUGCUCAUGGGCAACGUGGCGGACGAGGGCCACCAGGCGUUCAGUGCCUUCAACGAAACCCUGCCCGUGGGGCUUUCUCCGGAAUCUGCGCUGCACGAAUUUCUGCCCCAGGAGCUGGCAAAGUAUGGUGUGCACGACGAGGCCAAAGCGUUGCUGCGUGUCUACCUCAAUGACAGCGCAGGUGCUGCCACCGGGUUGACGUGGGACGAGACACAGAACGUAGUCUCUCACCUGCUGGGCGACCUACUUUAUGUGUGUCCUACCAUUUACCUGGCACACUACUUGAGCAGGGGAUCCGACAACCAGGUGUACACGUUUCGAAUGAACCAGCGGCCAUCGUACGGCACUGCCGAAACUAUGAUUCGGUACGAAGACGUGGACCUUGUGUUCGGCCGACCCUUGCGGGAGCAAGGCGCCACGGAUGCCGAAAAAAGCCUCAGCCGCGACUUCAUUCGAGCUUGGAGCAAUUUCGCAAAGUUCGGAGUCCUCCCUCUGGUGAACGAUAGUUCGUCGGGGUCUACCAUCGAGUGGCCGGCUCAUUCGGAGAGCGAAGAAGCCACGGUCGACAUCAGCACCGCCGGAUUCAGCCUGGUUCCCGACGAGCACCGGAGCCACUGUUUCCAGCUGCAGACUCUGGCGGCCGACGACGUUGUGUAAAAAAACAAACGCCAUUCGGCCUCGACCACAAAUGGCCGGCUUACCGCGAAACUUCGCUUCGACGAGGCAGUACGUCUCGAAAAAAAAACAAGAAAAAAAAAAGAAUGCAUAGAAAGAACCAAGUGGAGCGGAUGGCGUAGCGGCCGUCAAUGCAGGCGCCUCGGGCUUGUUUCGUUCUGUUCUCGCAACAGACCCGUUUUGCAUACGAAUAUGACCAAAGGCUGUUUGGACCUUCUUCUAAAAAGUGAAGGCGGAAUCGCACGCCGCACACGACACGAGCGCCCUCGCCCGGCUCUCUGGCGUGACACACGCCGUUUUUGUAAUCAAUACUGCUAUGUGCACUGCUGUACGCUUGGUUUCGCGCUCUAAAUUUGAUUUUGGCAUUACCUGACGCGGUACCUGAAUUAACAAGCCGUAAAUAAUUUUGUUGGCUUUCAUGGCUGCUAUUUAUUUCUUGUUUUCUUGGCUGCCAUAUCUGCUUGCAGCGGCACUUUUAAUAAAGGUAUCUUCUGAAAAAUUUAUUAGUGUGUAAAAUAACUAGAGACAUAGGACUAGCUUUGAAAUGGAUUAACCUUUUCUUGCGCUUACGUUCUCGCGUGAGUUGACGCGAAGUAAGAAUUUAUUCGCGACUCUUCUAAUAUAUGGGUUAAG